AGGGCACGUUUAACCCACCACUUGCAUAACACGGCGUGAAUAUAAGGCAGGAGCAGCGCACUGCACAGAGCAGAAAACCAGCACUUGGUUAUCUCCCUCUCUCAGAGUCCAUCUGAAGCCUUUGGUCGCCAUGACUACAUCUGGAUCCUGCACCUCUAUCAUCAACCUGCGCUACCAGGACGGUAGCGAGGGGAGCCAGUCCAACCCGGCCAAGUAUAACAACCAAGACUAUGCGCAGCUGAAGGAUGACAACCUCCGCAGAGGAAGGCUGUUCAUGGACAGCGCCUUCCCGCCCAGCAACAGCUCCUUGGGUGACCUCAAUUUGACCUACACUCAGAGGAAUGAUGUGGAAUGGCUUCGUCCUUCGGAUAUCCUGAAAGCUCAAAACAUCAACUCCGCACCAGUUUUCUGUUCGAAAGGCGCCUCUAGAUUUGACUUUAGCCAAGGCCAUGUGGGUAAUUGCUGGUUUCUCGCUGCAAUUUCUUCACUGACUUUCCACAAGCAGCUGAUGGCCCAAGUCGUGCCCAUGGACCAGUCCUUCAGCAACUACGCAGGAAUAUUUCACUUCAGGUUCUGGAGGUUCGGUAAGUGGGUGGAUGUCGUCAUUGACGACUACCUGCCGACGUACAACAAGCAGCUGCUGCUUGUGAGCUCCAAAGGGGGGAAUGAGUUCUGGGGUCCUCUUAUGGAGAAAGCCUAUGCCAAGGUCUGCGGCUCCUAUGCAGACAUGAGUGCUGGGCUGCCAGCGGACGCCUGCAAGGAUUUCAGCGGAGGUGUGAGCAUGACUUACAUGCUCAAGGAAGACUUCUCCUACGGCAAUGAUGAGGAGCUGUGGCUCCAGCUGAGCAGAGCCACCGCGUGCAAUUCCAUGAUUUGCUGUGGAACUCCCCCAAAAGGGGGAUCGAAUGCCAACAGUAUUAACCACGCUGGACUGGUGGACGCACAUGCUUAUUCCAUCACAUCUGUGGCUGAGGUCAGUUAUUACGGCUCCAAAGUGAGGCUGGUGCGGAUCAUGAACCCUUGGGGCAAACAGGAGUGGAAUGGAAAGUGGAGCGACAACUCUAACAUGUGGAAAAGCGUGAGCCAAGAAGAUCGGGAGAGGUGUUUCAACCACGAAGAUGGAGAGUUCUGGAUGGAGCUGAAGGACUUCUGUUACUAUUUCAAUCUUCUUUCCAUCUGCUGUGAGAAUCCCAACUUCCUGGACGGCGACCUCUCCUGCCAGUGGAAAUCCAUGACCUACGAUGGCAGCUGGGUUGCAGGAAUAAGCGCGGGUGGCAACGUGAACAAAUCCACCUUUGCAACAAACCCUCAGUAUCGCAUCGAGGUGAAAAUCAUUGACAAGACGGAGCGGGAAGACAAAAACGUCAUGCUCUCCCUGAUGCAGAAACCCAAGCAGGAAAAUCGCAAUGACAGAGAGUUCCACCCAACUGCCCUUACCAUCUUUGAGGUUCCACCAGGGACCAAAAAAGGACCUCUGGGAUCCUCCUUCUUUAGAGGGAAAAGGCCCGUGAAGGACCAGCAGAUGUACAGUCGUGCAAGGGACGUCAUUGAGCUGCACAGCCUGCAGCCCGGGGAGUACGUGAUCGUCCCCUCCACCAUGGAACCCUACACCAAUGCAGAGUUCGUUCUCACUGUCUACACCAAGGCCGAAGCUCAUAUCAGCCCCUACGCUGGAGGAGUUGAUAUUGAUGACGACCAUGACCAUGAUCACGAUCACGAUCACGAUCACGGCCAUGGCAUGGAGGAGGAGAAGGAGGUCCCCAAGAAGCCAGAAGAGGGAACUACUGAUAUCAGCCGCUCCUUGUUCAAUCGCUACGCCGAUCAGAACGGAGAGCUGAGUGCCAGGCAGCUCCAGAAGCUCCUGAAUGACUACUUUCCUCAUGGGACAUCGAACGGCUUCAGUGUGGACACCUGCAGCAGCAUGAUCGCUAUGGUGGAUAUUGACAAAAAGAUGACGAUGACCUUCACUGAGUUCUCCAUCCUCUGGGAGAAGAUUAACGGAUUCAAGGAUCUCUUCCACCGCUCUGAUCAGAGUCGCAACGGAUCUCUGUCUGAAUAUGAGCUGCACAAGGCCAUCGAGUCUGCAGGCAUAGAUACGAACGACUCCAUGGUCAGCCUGAUGAUGUUCCGCUAUUCAGGAUUCUCAUCCACCUCCUUGGAGGAGUUCAUCACUCUCAUGCUGCGUCUGGAAAACACUUCAGACACCUUCAAUGACAAAUCAACCAAUGGAACCAUCACUCUGACCUGGGAGGACUGGUCCCACUACUCCAUGUACAACUAAAAGCUGUCACAGACGCCAGGAGACACAUGAAAGAAGAUUCCUGCAGCACGAGCGUUGCUUUUAUUGGAACUGUUGUCUUCUUGUACGAAAACACUGUAACACAACAGAGAAAACUGAAUAAAAUGUGUUACUCUGAA